AGGUAAUGAAUUUUAUAUUAUCUGAAGCCAUUUACAGGGCCUUUAAUCUUCACCGUGAAAUUAUAUGCGACGAUCAAGUUAUAAUGUCUGUAAACUAUUACUGUGAUUUGUGCUAGUGUUAUACUUUAAGCAUUUUAAAAUCAAUAUCUGAAUGCGCGCAGAAGCAUACCGAUCUCAUCACCUCACUCGCAGCAAAUGCAUAGAUUUCUGCGAAAAUCUGUCUUAAAAUGAAGGAAAAAUCAUGGGCUUGCACUCUCAUCACGCAGCUAUCUCUCUGCGUUGUAGCUUACGUAGCCAUAAAUAUUGAGAAAUUUACUCCUCGAAGCAUCUCAAACCAAGGCAACAGGCAGAAUGAUGUGUAUUUUAUGAGUGUUGCUGGCGGCUUUAGACCUGUUGAAGAACAAACCCUAUUGCUCCAACAGAUGGUGAAGGUACAGAAGACAUACAAAGUGCUUUUUGUAGUGGAAUUUAGUGAGCUUGGUGAAUCCGAUCCACUCCUGCAAAAUGCAACACUGUAUCCUGCGCUACAAAAUAUACCCUGGUACAAUUCUGGGGCUUUAACAGGAGAAGGGAAAACAUACUUCUCAAAGAAAAUUGAAGUUCCUCAUGGACAAACUAUAGACAUUAUCGCGUUGGAUACUGUAUUAUUAAAGGAUCAAUCUACUGCACUUGGAAACGAUCAGAUCGCGUGGUUGACAAAGACCCUAAACGAAAGCAACAGCGACUGGAAAAUUGUAGUUGGACUCCACCAAUUGAUCUCUUCUGAUUUCAACAUCUUGAAAGUAAAGGAAACCCGUUUCGAGCCUGUGUGGAACAUAUUACUGCAAUAUGGAGUGGAUGUAUACAUGAGCUCAAAAACUUGUGAAGACAACACCAAGGAUAAAGCUAUAUAUCUUACUGCCAUGAAUCAUAAUGUGGUUUCCAAAGAGGCAACGGGUGGCGGGUUCCUUCUCCAUCGGGUCAGCUCGUUGGAAAUGCUUAUGUUCAUGGUUAAGUUGAGUGGAGAAGUUGAGCACAGAUUCUCCUUCCAACAAAGGGGUAGAGCAGCCAUCUAGUCUAGUCUUCAUUUUCUCCUAUGUUUCUAAACAACUAGAAUUUUUCUGUCUUGUUUUUUGCACAUUCAUUAGGCCCCAGCUCUGUUGAUUUUGUAUCUUGUUCAAUUUAGAGUGUACCUUGAAAUUGUUCGCAACAAAACGAGGUCUAUUAUAAAUGACAAGUUGAUUCAA